AUGAAUUGUAAAUUUUUCUUAAUUUUAUUUUCAAUUCUUUUAAUAAUUGCUGGAAGUUUGGCAAAGAAUAACGACCACCAUAAACAUCCAAAACACCCUCCACACACUUCAAAACGUCCACAUCCAACACGUAAACAUCGUCCAACAUUUAAACCUUUUCCAUCACCUAAACCAAAGGCUCAAAAUGUUGAAUGUGGGGAUGAUGAUGAAUAA